AUGUCCUCCACCUUGACCUUCCUCUACCCAAACGAUGCCAACGCUACGCACGACCUCGAAUACUACAAGAAUUUCCAUAUGCCCCUGAUGCAGAAGCACUGGACCAAGUAUGGCCUCAAGAGGUGGACUGUUUCUGAGCUGCUGCCGAAUGCAGACGGGUCACCGCUCCCAUACGUUUUCUAUGGAGUGAUUGAGCUGGAAAGUGUCGAGCAAUUGCAAGCCGCAUUUUUGGAUGCCGCUGCAGACGAGAUGGCGAAUGAUGUGAAGAACUAUACUAGUGUCAAGCCUGUUGUGCUCGUAGGAAAGAUUGUGCGCGAUGUCCAGGUCUAGUAGGCAGAGCAUGGC